AGAGAAACCCCAGACAUCAACUUUCGAUACUCCUCGCCGCCUCAUCGGCCGCCUCGUCACCACUCCGUGCAUCCCAGACUGCCCUCAUCCUCCCUCAACCAUGAUGGAACCCCCGCGCCCGUGGAGUCACUUCCCCCUCCUCGUCCAGUCCCCUUCGACGGCGGCGUGAGUGAGACGCCCAUCACGCCCACAACCGUCUGGCCUCGACCCUCCAUUCCUCCGAAAACCUUCUUCCUGGCCAAGGAUAGGGCAACGUGUUCGCAUCACGCCUGUCGCCGCCCGCCAUUACCUCCAGCGGCACGCAAAAUCCGACUAAUCGGCGGCGAGUCAGGUGAUUUGCGCAUUCGUCUGGGCCUCCAGUCACGCAUAUUGUUUCGCGCAUGUCUAGCUGUUCGCCGGACCUACACAAAAAAGCUGUCAACCUCGAAAAUCUCGCUUUCGGACGGCACGGGCCCCGGUAUCGAUCUGAAACCGUAUUGGAUGGACUCGGUUACCGGACGUGGAUUACCGGGAAAUGAAUCCGCCUCCGAUUCCCGCCAAGUCGUUUCAACGGGCUCCCACCCUGCCGAAGCCAAGGGGCGUCAACAACCAGGCGACGCCUCCGCCCGCGCUGCCACCCCGCCGGCUGCCCGUGCUUCAGCCACCCAGGACGCAGACUCCAGUGACGCUGCCUGCUUCCACCCUCGCGAGCUCGGUCCAGCGGAUAAGCUCCACGCCGGAGCUGCUCGACGACCUCGGCAGCGAUGGCAGCUCCGCGUCGAUGAAGACCAUGGAGAGUGCCGAGUGCAGCGUCGAGGGAUUCACCCUGCUCGGUCUGCAUCCGCCUCUGGGGGUCUCACAUUCCGACGAAAGCACAGGGUUACGCAACACAAGGGCGAGGUCACCUCAACUUGGCGCAUUCAUCCCAUUGGACGACUCAAGGUCAAGGUCUCUUCAACCUGA